UACAUACGUAUGCGGAACUUAAGUUGUAAACAAAAACGGAUACUACACCGUUCUGAGCCAGAAAAAUAAAACGAAACGAAACGAAACAUAGUCAUAUCUUGUAGAACACAGCUUGUUAAAGCUUCACAGAAGAAUAACUGGCUGAAAUGACAACCUCGAUGUUUGGCAGCGGUUGAUACAGGUGCCAGCUCAUUCCUAUAAGAAGACAUAUUUUGGUGCUGUAGGCCCGCAGAAACGACUAUUGCCAAAAUGUCUAGGAAACAGACGCCAAAACCUGUACGGAGCAACAAGAAGAGUGAACUGGAACGCAAGAGGGAUGAGCGGGCAGCACGCAGGGCCAUUGUGAAAGACCGCAAGAACCGGCCUCAAGAUGGUGAUGAAGGAGCAGAGUUUGUCAGUUUCUCCAAUCAGCUUCAGGCCCUGGGGCUGAGACUGAGAGAAGUCCCCGGAGAUGGGAACUGCCUGUUCAGAGCUCUAGGCGACCAGUUAGAGGGUCAAUCCCGGGGUCACCUGCGGCUUCGGCAGGAGACUGUCCAGUAUAUGAUGUCCCAUCGACAAGACUUUGAACCCUUUGUUGAGGAUGACGUUCCCUUUGCACAGCACUUGUCCAACCUCUCUCAGCCCGGUACGUUUGCUGGCAAUGACGCUAUUGUGGCUUUUGCUCGCAGUCAACAGGUGAAAGUGGUCAUUCAUCAGCUCAACGCUCCGCUGUGGGAGAUAAAUGGUGCAGAGAAGCAGGUGUGCAGAGAGCUGCACAUUGCCUAUCGCUAUGGAGAUCAUUAUGAUAGUGUGAGGCGAACUGGAGACAACUCUGAGAGUCCUGCUCAGCUCCGCAUUGAGAAUCUGCAGAAUUCACAAGGCCAUCAGCGUGAGUUCGGGGACGGACAGAGAGACCGACGGAAAAACCCGUCUCCCACAACCUCCGAGGAGGACAACGUGAUCCUGAGCUCCAUCAAGAAUCGAGGAAUCCAGGGAGAUGAGGAGAACCUGCUCCAGCUGAGUGCGGCAACCAUCAAUGCUGAAUGGCUUGUUGGUUCCGUGCUGGGCCAGUCCUGCCAGGGCCAGUGUGCCUCGGGAUCCUGCUCAGCCUGCAGAGCUGCAGCCACAGACUACAGCGAGCACAAGCAGUCAACAGAGGGCAGCAACAUACAAAAACCAAAGGUAUCCAACAAGCAGAGGAAAGACCAGCAGCGGCUCGAGAAGAAGAAGCGCCAGGAGGACAGGCACCGGCAGAAGUUCCUCCAAAGUAAAGGAAGUCAGGACCAGAACCAGAACCUGCCAGAGGCUGUUACUUUGGUGCCAGCCCUCAACACUCUCAGUAUAUAGGCUGGAGCAUUGCCAAAAUCACCUACUGUUACUCUAGCUACCCGGUGGCUGACGCUGUUUUUUGCACAUAGUCCAAUUUGAUUCAGUCACAGCGGAUGACUUUUUCGAAAGAGAACCCUAUAGUUUCUUUGCAAAUGGUGCCUGCAAACUUGCGUGUGUGUGUGUGUGUGUGUGUGUGGGGGGGGGGGGGGGGGGGAUGUGUGAAAGUUGUAAAAGAGUGAAAGAGCAUUACCUUCAGUUUUAUUUUUUGUCACUCCCUGGUUGGUGUACUCAGAAACUCCUCAGAUCUGCUCUACCUACCACGCUAACCUAGCCCCUUUCUAUGCUGGACAUCUGGCUUUUCAUGACAACCAUGCAGAUCAUCUCCGUGCAGCUGGGCUUUUUCAUUUGCCACUGAUUGAGUUAAUUCAAAGGUUCAGAUCACUCCGUUUGGUCGAUCUGACCAAAGGAGCAAGUAAGGGAAGAGCUGCAGAUGAAUGAUUGUUAUGCACACUGUGUAAGGAAUGUGGCAAUAAAUAAUACCUAAUAAUUUAC